GUUAAUCACCAGAAAAGUAAAAUAAUUGUAAACAAUUUCGAAAUUCCCAACUCCAUUUUAAUUUCCGAUAAAUCAAAUUCGUCGAACUCAUGGCUUCGUUUGGGUCUUUGAAGCAAGCAAUUUUCGAUAAGCAAGCAAGAACACAGCAGUAUCAAGAUCAUAUACGAGGCCUAAACGCAUACGAUCGCCACAAAAGAUUUCUGAAUGACUAUGUUGGAUAUUAUGGCGGAGAGAAAUCUUCUCGUGAUGCAUUGCCUGUUAAAACUGAUCAAGACACUCUUAGAGAAGGAUAUCGGUUCAUAAGAAGUGAGGAAGAUGACAUGAAUCCUUCAUGGGAGCAAAGGCUGGUGAAGCGCUACUACGACAAGCUGUUUAAGGAGUAUCCUUUGCAAUGUGAUCCUUAUUUCAUUUUGGAUUUUUCUAUUUCAGGACAGUUUGCGUGCGGUAAUAAACACUGCAACGAAGUCGAGGGUUUGGCAAGCUAUGAGGUAAACUUUUCCUAUUUUGAGGCUGGAGAAAACAAACAGGCACUUGUGAAAUUAGUGGCAUGUGAGAGAUGUGCAGAGAAGCUAUAUUAUAAGAAACAAAAGGAGAAGGAACAGUUGAAACGGAAAGAGGAUGAAAAACAAAGAAGAAAAAGGGAUAGGUCUGAAAGUGACGACGACAAAGUCAUCGACUAUGGUGGAAGCAAAGAGAGGAGAAAAGGAAAGAAGGGUUCGACUUCAGCGAGUGAUUUGAAGCUUGAUGACGACGACGAUGAUGAUGAUAACUUUGACGAGUAUCUACAGGGAAUGUUUCCUUGAUGAUUAUUUAAUUACUGUUAUUCGAAAGUUUGAAGUAUUACGGUAUUUAACGAGGUAAAAUUUGGCAGCAUUUUUCUAUCGCGCUUUUCUGGUGUUGUAUUUUGAUUUAUGCUAGUUAUUUUUUUCUUA